GUUUUAUUUUUCCAGCAAAAUUACGUCUUUUCACAACUGCAACAAUUGGCCAAGAGCACAAAGGGAUCCCAUAUCUCAUCAUCGGAACAUCUGCUUGGCUUGAUAACAAACGCCGCUGAUUCGAAUCGCGUGCUCACAUGAGUCAGACGUAAACAUUGUUGACAAGGGAUCGAAGGAGAAAGAUAGACAGAAAAUCAAGCAGACAAUAAAGCCAACAGUUACUCGUGCUGCUGUUAAUAGUGUACAAAUCAUUGUGAGCUCCUGUAAGAAGAMGUUAUUGAAUGAUGUAACAGCCUGACUACGUAAAGAGAAUACUUAUCUUGAUCAUCUACCUAUAUUUCAACAAAUGUAUCCUAAGUAUGGUUUAUUGUAUUGGCCUGUGCGUGAUGACUAUUCUAAACUGUCUGUCAUGUACUGCAGGUGUUCAAAGUGAUCGCUUACGACCAAGUCAUCCUACCACCAAAGUGGUAGCAACCGUGGGCUCAACAGCCCGGUUAAACUGUUCAGCGGUAGCCACCCAGAAAAACGUCAGCAUCGCAUUCAAGUGGUUCAAAUAUGGCAGGCCAUUAUUGGAAGUGACUUCCAGACGUAGGGACAGUAUUUUUAGGCUUGGUCGUCACGUGCUUGUGUUUGACGAGGUUCUAUUGGCUGAUGCAGGAAGGUAUAUGUGUAUGAGGAUAACUGGUCAUAAAACUGAGAACUGGACCUUCAACUUGUCUGUUAAAGAACCUCGAGAACAUCCCAUCAUCGUCGACGAACCUCAAGGAAACAUGUCCACUACGUUAGGYCAGACUGCAAUUCUUAGUUGUAAAAUACAAACUCAAUCAAUCACGUAUAUUGAAUGGCGUUUUCUUCAGUCCAUUCCUACAAAUACUUCAAGGAAUAUCUCAAUGAAGGAAUCGUUUAUAACACCUUCGACAAAAAUCGUACCGACGAAGUUACGGCUGCGAGUUGUCGUUCCUUUACUCUUGGAUGGUGCGUCGGGAAGCCGUCGUACGACAGUCGGUGAGCGCCGACAGAUUCACGAAGAUCUUUUGUAUAUUUAUAAUGUGUCUUCUAAUGAUAGUGGUACAUAUAUCUGCUUGGCUUUUAAUAAGUAUGGCAAGGCAAUCAAGGAAACUACGCUAACUAUAUCAGCAGCACAAAGUACAAAACCAAGUUGUGUUCCAAGGAGUUUAGCAGCCGAUGAUUCCAAUAUUCCAAUAGCCAUUUUGAUAGCGAUUCCUGCAUUUCUGUUCUUCCUUGCUUGCACAGUAAUAAUAAGGGCGCUCGAAAAGGCACGACAACAAAAGAAAUUAGCCAAACUAGCUAAAGCAGAAAAGGAAAGAGAGAAAGAACAAAAACAAGAAAAAACAAAAGAUAUUAUCCAAUCAAAAUCAAGUCUUACUGAUAUUAACGAAAAUAGACCUGUAGCCAUGGUAACGGCACAGAACUUUAGGCCGGUGCACGUGAUCGAUGAAAGAAUUCGAGCCUUCAGUACUGAUGAACAGCGGUUUGAUUCCAUAUCCACGUCAUCAGCGUCUGAGGUAGAGGUUGUUCUUACCGACAAUAAACUUGCUAAUCAACUAAGCCUAUCCAAACAAAGCUCUCUUCCAAGUAGCACCGACAUCCCUUACACCUCACCCACACCAGACCUCGUUAGCUCGUCUAGCUGUGGAGUAGAACUUGACUGGGAAGGUAUGGAUCUUAAUAUACCUGAUGGAAUAGAACUGGUUGAACUGUCUAGAGAAGCAGAAGUUUGACAACAGAUAGCAGCUAUGGAAUUCUUUAAAAUUAGACUUGUAUUCGUAUGUAAAGAUAUUUUACUUGCAGAAGAAAUGUAAAUAACAACGUGUGCAGGUUAUCUGGAAAAAGUGAGUUUUUAUUGGCUUGUAAAAGUAGGUUAUUUCUUAAAGCAACGCCUUUGGAAAUCAGACAGUUUCAGUACGAUAUUGAGAUAUGCUGAAGAGAUUUGAGAGUCCAAAGUAAGCAUCAGUUGGCUGGCAAAACAGCUCGUGCUAAAGAGUAUGACGAGAAAAGAAAGUAAGCUAAGGAUUUAUAUUUUACUCUAGCGAUAACAAUUCAUGACAUUGAUGUUUGUAUUAUUUAAAGUGAAUGCCUAAGUAAAGUUUUAAAUAUAUAUACUAAUAUCAUUGAUGUAUAUAUAUUCUCCUAAAAGAGCCUAUGUUUAUAUUACAGCCUUUUAUCUCAUUCAGUUGAGCCAAAACUGAGCGAUUGUUGGAUGCGAGUUUGAGUCGAAAUUUAGGAGAAAACCCCAGAAAAAUGAGGAAACUUGAGCGCGACGUCAUUUUAAUGAAAACAAAGGCUUUAAAUUCUUAGUUUAUCGGUGCAUACGACCUAACAUUUGUUAUAUUUUUUCCCGUUAUCAUGAGAUACAAACUGGAUAUAGCAAAAAUAGCAUAGAAUGGAAAGUAUAGUAAAUAAUGGUUUGAGAGCUAGACAGGAAAAUUACAACAUUAAAACAUACACUAUUUGCAUUAAGAA